CAUGCGCGCGUGCGCAGAGCGUCAUGUCCGCCGUGAUGAGCACUCUCUCCAUGAUCAGCGGCGGCCGGCGCGCGCACCGCAAGCUCGCCAGCUCCCGGAAGUCAGGGCAGUUCUCUGACGCUGGCGAAGAACGCAGUCGCAGUCAACAUGACCUCAACAAGCAACAGCGGUCCGCUUCGCUGCAAACUCUGGAGCCGGGAGUCGUUAACCUCGAGAAUCUGGAAGCCAAGAUGGCGAGCAUCGAGGUGUCCCUGGCGGGGCGGCGGCGCAGCGCGGGCGCGCGUGACCUGUCCCGCGAGCUCGACACGCUGCGCGCGGCUCUCACCGACAAGGACACGCUCAUACAGAAUCUAAAGAAGCAACUGAACGCGUCGCUAAGCGCGGCCCGGCUGGCGGCCCAGGCCUCCUCCCCGUGUACCAGUCCGCGCGAGGAGGCUCCCGCGCAGUCCGCGGACGACCGCCGCGCGCUGGAGGAGCGCGCCGCCGCCGUGCGGGCCGAGCUGGAGACGCGCCGCGCCUCCAUGCUGGAGCUCAAGCGGCGUCUCGAGAAAACUCACGUCACCGAGAACAUAGACACGCGAAUAGAACAAGCGGAGCUGCAGUACGCGAUAGGUCGCGAGGAGUUGGAGCUGCUGACGCUGGGCGAACAGGCGCGCGCGCUCUCUAUGCUCAUCGAGCAAGCGGACGUCGCACACCGCACCACGCUCUACAGCACGGUGCGUGAGUACGGUGGUUCUGCGUCAUUGGUGUCUGCGGAGGUACGAGAAGGCACCUGGAGCGCGACGCCGCGAGGCGCGGGGCUCGUAGUUGAGUGGGCGGAGAACCCUGCCGUUAAGCCCGGGGACAGGGUUCUGGAAGUGAACGGUACUUCGACGCUGUGCUGUAACCAGGAGGAGCUCCGGCGCUCGUCGCCCGCAGCCCCGACCCGCCUCGUGUUACUGCGCGCGCAGAGCGCGACAGCGCCAUCUGCGCACUUCACACAGAAGGAGGCGGCGGCGUUGCGAAUAGAGCUGGGCGCGCUGCGGGCCGCGGCCGAGCUGGCGGAGCGCGCCAAGGAGGGGCUGCGGGCGGACAACACGCGCCUCACGCACCGCAUCUCCUACCUCGAGGAGCAGGUCGCCGAGCUGCUGGACCGCCACCCGCAGCUCCAGUCAGUAAGCAGUAAUGACAGCUGUAUUACCGUCAAUAAAACAAAGAAGAACGUCACCAACAUCAACAUCACGAGCGAACCGCAGGCCAACACCAAAACAAGUCCCAAGUCUGAGGUGCAGGUGUUCCAAAAGGGACCCGAUAUUACCGCCAUCGUGGCGAAGCUUCCUGGGCUGGACGGCGCAGAAGCUAACCUACCAGUAGUGAGGCCCAGGUCAAACGCUUCAGGCGCAUCAUCUCGAGUCGCAACCUCUCCAAAAACUUCGCCAACGCCAAAUCGUCGAUCUCAUAGUUCACACAGUUUGGAACACAGAGCUGGUCGUAUGCGCCACUCGCUUUCGCAUCACUGCAUUCACGAUUACAGCACAGAAACAGACGCCGCUAUUAGAAUGAUAGAGAGGAACCAAAGGCAUAUGGAAAAGCAACGCAUGAAGACCGACCGAUACAGCAAAUCGAAAGAAGACAACUUCAGAUCCGACAGCGAUUUGGACACGAGAGACUCACAGUCGAGCGUGUAUGAUCAGAGAAGAACGGAAAUAAAAAAAGCCGCCGAACGAAUCGAGGAAAGCAUCAAAAAGACGAAUUGGGCCGAGAGAAAGACUCUAUCUAUCAUCGAACAAUUAAAGCGCUCGCAGCGGCUUCGGAAAAUGAAAAAGAACGAAAGCGCAGAAAACAUUCAAGUAGAAUCCGAGAGGCACUACGUCUACAACCGAAUAGACGGCAAAGUACUCGAGAACGCGCACAAAUCGAGCCGACGGUCGUCCAAGCUGCACUCGAGGAGCGCAAAAUCGUCCGAAUUCGAGUCCGAGUGCUCCGACUUCCCGAACGGCGACGCGUACGGCAGCUCGCCGCGGCUCGACUACGGCUCCGAGAACCGGUCGAGGCUCAGCCACUACUCGAGGAACGAAGACGAGGGUAAGGCGAGGCCGACGCCGCCGCGGAAGCCGCUGCGGCUCUCGCUACACAAGGCCCGCAGCGCGCACUCGCUGGCCGACGGCAGCGAGUCGGAGGCGAGGCCGGGCGCGGAGGCGCAGUGCGGCGGCAAGCGGCCCGCCAAGCGCACGCACGCGGCCGAGCGCGGCGCGCGCGACGCCGGCCGCGCCACGCCGCGCCCCGCGCGCCGCCUCGCCGGCCUCGCGCCCGCCGCCGACGACCUCUACCCCGACGGCGUGCACUCGCGCCUCGGGCCGCCCAGGUGGUGCUCGUAG